CUGAAAUAGUGUCUUGAUGGAGAUUGCAACACGAGGAGAAUGACGCCCAAGGAGUUCCUCACAAGCUUUCGGAUCGAGUCGGGCGGAGAGUACACGUGCCUCCGCAUGCGCCAUGGGCGUGUGUGCAUGUGGCCGUUUCAUCGCGCGCGGCUUGCACUGGACGCAUCCCAAGGCGACGCGCUGCCCGCCGAGAUCGUUCGUGCCGCCACGGACACCUUUGGCGAAGCUGCCAGCACCAAGGACCUCAUGGUCACCAUCGUGAACGUCAAUGGGCGCCACCACAUCCACGUAUACGCCAUGCCAGGCUUGAGCUUUGUUGGUGGCGCAGACAACGGCGUGCCCCAAGUCAGUGCGGUUGACGUGCUCGUGCUGGGGCCUGCCCGCCGAAACCCGGGCGUCAAGCACGUCAGUUGGAUCGACGAGCGCAAGUACCUCGAGGCUGCAGCGGCGGAGAAGGCGGCGGAGCUUGGCAUCGGUAGCUUUGGUGAAGUGCUCUUGAGCCAACGCGACGCCGACACCCAUCACCUCCUCGAAGGCCUCAUCACCAACUUCUUUGUCCUGCACAACGGCCGACUCUACACCGCUCGCGACGAUGUCUUGCUUGGCAGCACGCGGGAGCUCGUGCUGCAAGCGUGCGAACGCCUUUGCAUUCCGGUCGUGCACGAGCCUCCCGUGCUGGAAGCGAGCGCGACGUGGGAGGCCGCUUUUGUUACGAGUGUCGUGCGCAUGAUCGUGCCUGUGAAGACGCUUCGCCGCCAAGACACUGGCACGUGGCACACGUACAGCAUUCGCACCGCUCCUGAGCGGCUGCACCAGCUGCGCUCUGCGAUCUACGAGCUCUGCGAUGCAGAUGCCCGCGUCGGUUAAAUCUGUAGCCAACGCUGCUGGCUCGUAGUAGUAGUAGUGUGUUGCACCUGGCGCUGCAGCAUGCCUUUGCACGUUUCGACUAAAGAAACGCCAAGGGUGUUCAUGGCGCUUCCUGCGAGA